AUGCUCUUGGUCCACCUCGUGCAUGGGAUGCUCGGAGUGUUUGAUUCCACGGCACUAGAGACGUGCACCUCCUUGGAUGACUGCGCCGGAAUCAGAGACUGGGGAUGCACCGGUGGUGGCUUUCGGCUGUGCACCAGAUCGGCCUACAGGGAGGUUGAGAAAUCGGACAACUGCAUCUACCGCAAGUCAUCUCUGACGCCAAAGCCGCCGCCGCCACCGUCGCCAUCACGGCCGCCGUGGUUGGUCGUUCCUCCCAACGUGCUUUUCAUUGUCUCGGACGACCUCACGCUCGAGGUGCCCGUCCCGGCGCACACGCCUCACAUCGACGCCCUCAAAGCGAGCGGGGUCUCCUUAGCGCACGCGUACGCUCAGAUCGCUACGUGCGCGCCGUCGAGGACGUCUUUCCUCACUAGCUUGCGCCCGGACCAGACCGGGUCGUGGACGCUCGAUAAGACCGACCAGGUGCGCGAAGUCGAGCCAGAUGAAGUCCCAUUCACGCUGCUGCCUGAACACUUCCGGAACAACGGCUACUUUGUGCGCGCAUAUGGGAAGGUGUUGCACGAGGGCAGAAACGAGCGCGAGGUUGGUCGCAGCUACGACGAAUACUUCAACCGGUUUGAGGGGAUGUGGAUCUACAACGACGAUGGCACGGUGCGUGAAGGCUGGACCAAGGCGCAGCUCGAGCGCGUGGACGGCGACCGGCAAGUUGCAGCCUACGAUAUGGGCCAGAAUUCGAGCGGUGCCACCGUUCAGGACGGCGCAUACGACGACGGAGCAUGGACUGAUGACGCUGCCGCGUGGCUCCGCGGCCGCCCCGCCGACUCGCAGCCGUUCUUCCUUGCCAUGGGCUACAAGAAGCCCCACCUGCCGUUCAACGCACCAAAGAAAUACUGGGACCUGUAUCAGCCCAGUCAGUUCGAGGCCGUGGUGCCUGACAGCUACGACGGGAUUCGACGGAUGCCCAACGGCACGAUGAGGUUCACCGCGCCGCUCGGCACCGAGAUCUUCAAGUUUGGUGCGACCAACUACCAGCCUCGCAACCCGUUUGCCCUCUGGCCCGGCGUGCCUAACUCCAAGACGUGCGACGGAACCGCUGGGGCGGUCGGCUGCUACCUCAUGCCAACGCCCACUCUCCCCGAGGCGCGCGCUUUGCUGCACGGGUACCUCGCUUGCAUCUCCUUCAUCGACGCGCAGGUUGGCAAGCUGACGGCCGCACUCCAAGAGGGAGGCCACGCGGACAACACGAUCACCGUCUUCACCAGCGACCACGGCUUUCACCUGGGCGACCGGAGCGGCUUUUGGGCCAAGCACACCAACUUUGAGGCGGCCACGCGGGUGCCUCUCAUCUUUGCUUCUCCGUGGCUGCCACAGCCCGGGACAGACGCGGUCGGUGUCGCCGAGCUGGUUGACAUAUACCCGACGCUGAUUGCCCUCGUCGAGGAGCGGGCGCCAGGAACGUUCUACAUCCCACCCAACCACCAGCUGGCUGGAACCUCGCUGCUGCCGACGCUGCUCGACCCGUCGCGGACGCCCGCCAAAACGGUGGCCUUCUCGCAAUUCCACCGCACCAUGGUCACCUACGGCCCCUCGUACGGCGAACCGGCACAGUUGCCGAACAUGGGGGGUAAGGACAAAGCGGUAGGAAUGGGCUAUACGAUCCGCGUCGUCGACGGCGACCUGGACUAUCGCUACACCGAAUGGUGGCGCGUGAGUCUCGGCAACGCCCGCACAGCUCCGCCCGUCGCUGACGAGAGCGAGGAGAACAUGCACACGCGCUGGUGUGCGGACGCUAGCCAGCCGUCCUCGUGUGUCGCCGGGCCGGCGUUUCGAGAGCUCUACUACUACACCUCUGCCCCUCUUAUUGAGACGGUCAAUAGCAUAGUGACGAUUGCGCAAGAGCUGGCGCUGCCGCUCUCAGACAGCGACCUCGACAACGGACUCGGAGACGGCUGGAAGCGUUGCGCCUCGACGACAUCCGGGACGCCGGGACUGUUCCACAACAUGUCCUGCAUCUCAAGUCGCCCCGCCGUAGGUAGAUAG